AUGUUGAUCUCAGUUCCUGAGAUUUCUGCUGGACUUCCAAGAAUAAAGACACCUAUGGCCUGGUAUAUCUGGGGUGUUGUGGCCUUAGCUACGAGAGGCGUGGCGGAUAGCUUCUUCAACAACACGGAUUUCACUUCACCGACGGCCGAUCUAUCGACCGCCUGUGCGACAGCGCUUCAGGCGUCACUGGAUUGUAAUCCCUUCUUGACCUAUGUUAUGACCAGCAACUACUAUACAUCCGUUGGGAACACUACAAUCCAAGAUGAAUUUUGCAGCACAGCUUGUUCUAGUGAUCUAGCGAGCUACCGUGAUGAUGUCGCGACGAGUUGUGCCAAUGAUCCGCAGCCCUUCUCUGGGUAUCCCGCGACAUAUUGGGCAGAUUGGGCUAUUUCUGCUUUUGACCAUAAUCAAACCGUUGAGUCGGACGGAACCAACCUCCUAACGGACCAAUUGUGCUCCAGCUGUGUGGUUUCUCUCUUCAGCUUAAUGCAGAGCACCCCUUAUUCAAACUACGAUCCUACCUUGGCCAACAUAUGGAUUAGUGGUGACGGCUGUGAAGCUAUCGCCAAGAAUUAUGGAGUAUCGACAGGCACACUUAUCGCGAUCAAUGAUCUCUAUGUUGACUGCGCCAACUUAGGGGUCCUUUGUAUCCCGCCCCAAUGCACCACAUAUAACGUGGAGAGUGGCGACACCUGUAACAUGAUUGCGAAUAAUACCAGCACCAGCUUCCAGCAGCUUGUAGCAUGGAAUCCCUCCUUGGGUUCAUACUGCACCAAUCUGCUGUCUAGAGAGAAUAUCUGUGUCAGUCCUCCAGGGGGUGUUCAGAACCUGACCACCAUUGCGGGUGCCACCGCUACCCAGACGGGUAUCUAUGCAACAACCACUGCUUCUCGACCGAGUCCCGUUGCUACCGGAACGAAACUUGACUGUGGAAAAUACUAG